AUGGCUGCGACAUCAUGGCAAACCACGGCAUUGGCGGAUGUAUCCAUAGGACCUAGUGGAAGGGAUCCUCGUUUGAUGCUGCCAUUGAUUCUCAACUUCCUGCGAGAUGAAGACGUUACCAGAGUCAAUGGAUGGGCCCGCAAGUUCAUUGCUGUUAAAACAUACCUCGAUGAGGCCAACACGGCCCGACUUCAAGGCGAACUUGGCUACGAAGAUCCUCAAAUUUGUGCAUUGCUGCAGGAAGCACUUAUUCUCGCCGAUGCACAUGCUGCAUUUCACCAAUUUAAGUCGGAAGAUACUCGCUGGUCGACCAGGUUAUUUGGCAGCAAGCAAACCUCGAACCGACUUCCAACUGACCCAAGCCACUCCCUUCGACCUGCGCCUAAUCAGGAUAGAUCACGAUAUACGAAAAAGCGAUUUGACUACGCACCUUUUCCUCUUACCAACCAGAAUCCAUUUCAUGGCAUUUCUGAUGGGGGCACUGCCGAAACUCGCGCAUACCAAGCCUCUGAGGAGAGUUUCUUUGAGCACGCGCUGGCCGGAACGCAACCAAGCAUGAACAGAUUCGAGAUUGACAACCGUCAAUAUGAAGAUUUGAUCCAAGCCGGGAUGGCUAAAACACUUGCAGAGAUGCCAGCCAACUUUCACGAUGACGUUUCCUUUCCCAACCAGACCGAUACGGCGAGCGCAGCUGCUCCACUGCCAGCUCCUGUGGUCGACUACUACAGCUCGCGAGGGUGGCAACGGGCUGGGCUGCAACAGUGUUUAAACAUGUUCACUAGUCACGAGAACAGAGUGAUCAACACACCGUGGCGUCGAGUGGUUCUGCCUCUCAAAGAUUCCAGGAAGACCUCCAAGGAUAUAGUUUUCCACUCCCGAGCACUCCCCCCUGAGAAGGUUCCAGAACGGCUCAAGGAUCCUUUUCCUUGGGUGUACUGGACCAAGCAAUAUUCGGAACUGAGAGACGUCUUGGCCGAUUGGCAGCGUCGUCGUUACAACAUUGAAAACUGGGAGAACUUCAGCAUAUCUGCCUUGCCUAUGAAUUAUAGGGGACCCUAUGUCUAUAACGGCUUGUCUGUUUACGAUGACUACUGGCUUAAAAUGGGUGCAUAUCUCAGGCGGUUGCAUAAACUGUUGAUAGAUUCAUACGGAAGGACUCCCCGGCAUUUCUUGCUAACCAUCUUGCGAGACAUUGAAGCGGGAAUAGACUCGAAUCCGGGCCAGCAACCCAUCGGUAAAUACUCUCGUCGAGACAUUAUGCCACGUAGCGAAGUGGACGUCACGGGGUAUGACGGGACAGACCAUCCCCCUAGCAUCAUGCUGAUCGACGAGGUCGAUGCGGCCUGGCUCAGGUUUCUCUGCCAGCCUUCUCGCUCUUCUGCCAUGUGCGACCCCAAGCAGAAACCCACAAAGAACCUGCUCAUUCUCUUCAAUAAUCGCCUACAGAGUUUCUUUAACAACACCGCUGUGUCGGGUAGCGUAGGCUUGGCUGGACAGAAGGCUUCGGAGUUCGAUUCUAGUGUAUGGCAAACUACACGAAAUCAGAACCUUCCACUUUUCAAAGAUGCAUUGGCCUAUAUAAACGGCGGCCCAGGUGCCGAGUCGUGCCAUGCAAACGAAACUUAUCAGUUCUCCGAACAAGAGGCAAAAGAUAAUCUGAAUAUACUCAGGAGAAAGGGUCUAGUACGGUUAUUCCGUAACGCGGACCAAUAUGUUGUUCGACCGGCGUAUACCCUACAUCCCGAGUAUCGCGUAGCCUGGCGAUAUCCAAGCGAAGAAGCGUUUCAUCAAAGUACCAGACUUUAUGAAGAACUUCGUGUCGACAGUCUGAUAGAUGCAUACGGACUCAAUGUAUCAGGUACUUUGUCAGAGGAGCAUUUCAGUGAUAUCCUUGAACAUGCUGCAUACGACGAUCUCCCUCGUUUGAUGACGGAAGUCAAACUACCCGCAAAUCCUCUAGAUCCAAGUCUGGGUCCGCUGAGGUGGGCCAUCAUCCCCGAGACUAACUGGACCCUGGGCGAAUAUCAAGAGGGUCAGUUGGAAACGAAGCGCAAGGCGCCCAGCUGGUCCGAUUUGGUCGACUGGGAGCUCUUGGGCGAGAUGGAACGCAAUAAAGGGAGAGAUCUACGUGUCUCGGAGAAGACGGCUCAGUUCUUCCGCAACCUGGCUUACCGGAUGGGCCGUACGAUAGGGCACGUCAAGGAGAUCGAGGAUCGACUACGACGCCCGGCGGCCGGCAAAAAGUCCGGCGCGGAGAGAGACGGUCAAGACUGGUGGCAACCCUUUUCUCGCCAUGCUCUCCACCAAGCGAUAGACCACUGGAACAAUUCCAUCCAAUACGGCACAGGCGAGAUAGAACUUAAACCGCCCAGGAUGGACGAUGUGGUCCAAAAAGUCGACACAAAUCACACAAUUCAAGACAAGGUAGAUAUAAUGCAAGUGGGCACACAAGGGAUCAUCCGGGAGGGGAUCAUUGAUGACUGCGUAAACAACCGUAGCACGAUGUACCCUGGCCGACGUGUUGUGUUCGAGGACUCGUCAGGUAACUACAUUGACGAUAAUCACUACACACCCAAUAAGUUUGUCGAAGGCACCACGAGGCCAAGCCUCUUCAAAUGGGCUACUGCAUCACAGAGACGAUACCAAGCUCGACAUACCCGGCCCGCCUUUUUCAGCAUGCGGCGUUGGCCACUCCGUCACCAGACGGAAGAGCAGCAGAAUAUCAUCAAGAACCGGCUAGACGAAAAAAUAAGGGCGAACCCAAGCGAUCCAAAUCAGGCCUAUGGUAUUCUAACGCCUAGGAUACCUAUUACGGAUGUAACCUAUGGGAUGGGCCAGCAUGGCAGACAUCAUGGUGGACAGCAACAACCUCCAUUGACACGACCGGGAACAAACAAAACGUCUUCGGAUGAUCAAAUAAAGGACACAAAGGUUCCUGAGCAAACAAAGACCAAUAAUGACACAAAGGGAUUGGAUGGCACAAAGGUCCCUGAAAAUACAAAGCCUCCCUCUGGAACACAUGAGACGAGCAUUCCUAAACCUCAGGUUCCUCAUAUUCAAAACACAAACAACACCCCGAGUCCAACCCCAAAUCCAAUUAACAAUAUACCUGCUAUGGCGGCACAAGCUAACAACAAUGGAGGCCAGUCGGGUCAAACCCAGACUCAGACACAGGCCCAACCCCCGGCACCGAGGCCACUAAUGCCAUAUACUCGUCCAACGAGGCGAUUCAUGCCAGGGCCUGCCGUCUUCCCCAUGCCCGAAUCCCUUCUGCAGGAGAUUGUCUUUAACCAGACUAUGGAGAGAGAGUUUCCCAUAGGUCACCAAGAAGUACCUAAGUGGCACCAGAAGAUACGCGAAGCCUACAAGGGAUGGACAACCAUCGUGCCGAAGCCGGUGCCCUUGUUGCCGUAUGUGAAGCCAUCACACAUACCCCGUAGCUCGUCCAAGAAGCGCAUGAUACCGGGGGAUUUCAUCCUCAGCCCAGCGAAGAGGGUACAAUUCACCCAGAGAGUACAACGAAGGGAAAAUGCAUACGCCAACGCCAACGCCAACGCCAAUGCCAACGCGAACACGACCGACGCUGGAAAUGAUGCUAGUAAUCCUAUUUCCAUCGACGAUGAUAACGACGGUGCUCCUCCUGUCGGUGCUCCCGGCGCUUUGCCCCCUCCGACAACCAAACUUCCAACGCCUCAGCCCGCCACUACUCCAACGGUUCCUCCGCAACCCGAUCCUGCUCCUGCGAGUCAACCGGCACCUAUACCGACCACACCUGCUCCGACGCCGUCUGUUGGUCCUGGACAACGGUAUUCUGACUCAUACAUAGAUUCUUUCUUGAAGUUUAAUAUGGGCUUGCCUACCGGUAUUCAGGGUAUGCCACAGCAGGUGAUUGACACGUGGAACACGUAUCUGCAAACCACGAAACAUGAAUUGAAAGUGCAGACUCCUAUCUCGCCCGAAACUCCUACUGGGAGAUUUGGAAGCCUUAAUGACAUUUUAGCCGGUUCCACCGCACCUACUUCGCAACCGGCAGCUACUAAUCCUACAAACCCCAACACCGGCGGAUUAUUCGGCGCCUCUGCAGCCUCGACCCCGACGCCGCCAGCUCCUAUCCCUGACCCCAGUUCAUUGUUUGGUGCCGCUGGAGCUGCUAAAAGAGCUGCCGAUGAUGCUGCUGCUGCUGCUGCUGUUGCGAAUUUACGAGAGCCCGCCCCUCAACCCCCUAGUUCCGGUGGAUUGUUUGGCGCGUCUGCGGGUGAUGACCAAUCUCCUGUGCGAAUCCCACCUCCUACCAUUGGAUUGCUUGGUGCUAAUGGAACAAGUAGCAAUACCGGUAUUGAUAAAAGAGAGGCACUGACGCAGUUUAGGCCUAAUAGCAAAACGCCGGAGGGGACGUGGGUAUUGGAGGAUGGAACACACACUGGUGGUAGGCAAUGGACGUGGGGAAAUAUGCGAGUUGGUCUUCGAGGUGCGUUCUCUGCCAUUGAGGAGUCUAUCGCUGCGAACCCUCCCAGCAAUGGGGCCAGGGCGACGGCGGAGGGGUUGAUGAACGCCUUCCUCAAGGAGGAGUGCGUAUGCUCCGUGGGCAAGGAGUUCAGCGACCAGGAUGAGUUUACCAAGACCAUGACACAAGUCGUCAGUGCGUUGACGCAAAUUGGGAAGGAGUUGGGACUACGCAUAGUUCUCGGUCACAGGCAGGCAGCGAACCAUACUGACUGGGUCCAAACGCAAUGCUGGGCUGACGCAAAGCAAGGUGAUCACGGAGACCACAAUAUAGUUGUCACCCCUUGCACUACUGGUCCCCCGUACCGGUAUGCCAGGAUCAUCGUGAAACCCAUCUAG